CUGUGUGUGUGUGCUCGCGCUUCUCGUCGCUCGCGCUGCAUAGACUCACAUCAACGAAACGAUGAGAAAAGAGAAAAUAAUCAUAAAAGAAGCCGGUGCACCAUCGUUUCGGGUUAAUGGAAAUGUAGGAGAAAUGAAAAGGUUUCCGAUUCUCCGCGGUUCUUCAGGCGACCGGCAUUGUUCAGCCCAAGAUCCAUUCUUCAAGAGAUAUUUCUGACAGCGUGUCCAUCUCUUUUUGGAUGAUUUUCAUUCUUCCCGCGGGAGUGCGGUGGGCGGAAGAUAAAAAGCUGCGGAUCGCACGAGUCCUCGACGACCUCUUCAUCUUCCACGCCAGAGAAAAAUGAAAUCGCCGCCGCCGCCGCCGCAUUCGUGAACAGUUCGCCCCCACAUCGGGUUCUUUAUUACUCAGGAGUUUGUGCAUAAUGAGCGACAUGAAGAGGCUCUUCUACGUGUGGUUCCUCGGCGCCAAAGAAUGCCGCGGAUUGCGUGGCGACGAAUUCGUUCGGCCCAUCGUCCGGUACUUCCAGCGCAAGGAGGAAGAAUGCGAGCCGUCCAAAGUGACGCUGCAAAUUUCGGCGAAAGGAAUUAAAUUGGUUGCCGAUUCCCUUCGUCAUUUUGUGCCCAGUCAUGCCGUCACUUACGUCAGUCAGGGGGCUCCGCCCGACGAUGACAUCGUCUCCGUCAUUUUGCUCCUGUACAAUCCGAUUACCAAGUGCCCGGUUCACUUGCACGCCUACCGCUGCGACUCGGUCGAGACGGCCGACCUCCUGUCGGAGCAGUUCCAGCUGCUCGUUGACCUGCCGGAGAACCAGCGCAAGAUCCGCGAUCUGGAGCAGCGCCUCCAGUCGCAGGGACUCUACCCCAGCGCUAGCCAGAACCAGUCGAGAAUGCUCAUCAAAUCGUGCGAUACCGGAUUGGGUGGAUCCAGCGGAGAUCUACUUGCCGGCCACAGUGAUUCAUCCAGUGACGACGUCGCCUCAAAUGACGUCUGCAAGUCAGCGGCGGAUCUUCAUCGUCCCAUUCCGCUUCAAUCCGAUCCGGCUAUCUCCAAAAACGACCAGGAACGUAUAGCCCGUCUCUACGAUUCACUGGCCGCUGAGCUGCGCGACAAGCUGGGUGGCGCCAUGUCCGGCAAAGCUGCUCCACUCCUUCUGCCUCCGAAGGACUACGAGACGCAACAGCCGGAAUCGGGUCGACCGUUGGCCAAGAAUCCAGCGGUUCAAUCCAACAACAAUCGGGCCGGUCGCGCGGUCGUCCGAGGCAACAAGCAAACGGACAACGGGUCGUCGAGCGGAUUGUCUAGUGGAAUAGGAUCCGAUCUGGACGAUCCGGUGGCUGAACGUUCCAGAAAUCGCGAAUGGAUGCGAUCGACCGCCGUUAGCAGUCAGCAACAACAACAACAGCAGCAGCAGCAGCAGCAACAACAACAACAACCCGACAAUCGAGUACAACAGCAAUUUCAACAGGCUCGUCAGCGUUACAGCUAUCACGAUUCCAACAGCAACAACAACAACCUUAUGCAGCAGCGGCAACAACAGCAACAGUACCAACAACAACAGCAACAACAGCAGCAGCAGCAGCAUCAAGAAGUCCGGCGUCGAGAGCCCGUCAUGCGUCAGAUGUCAGAGCGGCGUGACACGGCCACUUUAUUGAACCGGCGCUCCAUGUCAGAUUUGCGCCGCCAGGAAGAGUCGGCCGUCAUGAUCCGCCGGAGAGAAGAAAGCUGCCGUGACAUUCGUGCAAGUAACGCCGAGCUGAACCGUAGCCGGGCCGAUUUCCAGCAACUUUUAUUGGCCGAUGGGAACCGGAGUCGGGUCAAGGAAGCUCUCUCCAAAUUUGAGAGCCGAGAUCACCAGCAACACGAGCACGUCAAGGCCGUUCACGCCAGUUCACGCAGUCGCUCUUUCCGCGACGACCAGCCGUCUCAAGGCUGGAACGCGGGCUUCAAGUACCGCCGCCAGCCGUCGGCUCUCGUCGAUGGCUAUCAAGAGCUGGACCAGAGAGAACGCUUUCCAGGUCUCGACAGAGAAACGGCCCGCGUCCUCGAGCCACUCCACGGACCGAUGGGCGGCAUGUCGCAUCAUCAACAGCAGCAGCAGCAACGUCACUUGCAGCGCCACAAAUCGUCGGAAUUUGUCUCGAUGAUCAAACGUGGCGGUCCGAACGAGUCCGGAACCGUCGUCGUCGUCGAGCCUACCCAAAAAGUGGGCAAUCGACACUUCCGCGCCGUCCGCCAACCCAACUGACGCGACGAUUUUCAAUUGUGAUUUCUUUUCUUUCAUUUCUUAUUUUUCCCUUUGGGUAUUUUUUUUUUUUUUUUUUUUUUUAAUAUUCAUUUUCUUUUCAAUCGGAAAACCUUUGGGUCCUUCUCGUCCUCCCCCCCCCCUCCAAAAAUAUGUUUCCGUUGCAAUGAAACGGAAUGACCGUCAGAUUGACUUCUAAUGGCCUUCACAUGCCUCAGUGUGAAUAGAAGAAUGGGAGAAUUAUAGAAAGAGAAAAGCGACUAAAAGGCUACCGAAAAUCGCGUUUUGUUUGUUAAUGGUGGCCGAUAGAGGACGACGACGAGUGCGGCACUACGGUUGCAUUGUUUCGCUGCUGCCGCCGCGCAGCCGAAUGAAAAUGUUUCGUCUGAUUGCCUUUUGAUUUCGUACACGGGAAGAAAAUGCAAGAAAAGAGAAAAAGCUAGAUAAUAAUAAUAAUAAAUAAUAAAAUACAAAAAAAAAA